AUGGAUACCGGCGACAUCAAGGGCCCCGGCCUGCUCUUUGUGCAGUCGCGCAUCACCCGGCCCGAUAUCAUGACCGAGGACGUCUUCAUGCACUGGUACGACACCGACCACAUUGUCGAGGUCAUCGAGACCACCGGCGUCGACUCGGCCAUCCGCUGGAAGCACGACCAGCUCGCCACAGCCCCGUUGCCCUACCUGUCCAUCUACCCGCUCGAGGACAUUGCCUUUCUGCGCACCGACGAGUUCAAGGCCAUCCGCGUCACCAGCGACUUGCUGCCCGGCUCCAAGCUGUGCUACGAUCUGGCCUCCUUUGACGUCGGCUACUACAACAUUGUCCAGGUCGCCGACCCGACGGCCAAAGACACCAACGGCACCAAAGGCAAGGGACUGGCCAAGUCGCUGGUGGCCGAGCAGAUCGAGACGUCGGAUGCCGCCGGCCUCCAAGCGUGGUACAAGACGGCCUACCUGCCCGCCCUGGCCGCCGGGCUGCCGGGCUACCUGCGCACGACCCGCUACGAGCUCAAGUACGCGCGGUCCAACGACCAGUCGCGUCGCUUCAAGGGCCUAUCGUCGACGGGCGCGUCGCCGCCCACGCGACCGACAUGGCUGGCCAUUCACGAGUUCUCGACCGAUGCGGGUGCGCGCGAGGCCGACUUGCAGGCCGUGGAGGCCUCGGUGUCCGGGUUCGACGCUGUCAAGGCUGCCGCCAAGGCCUGGCAGUCGGACCUGUACCACUUUGCCAAGAGCCACGGCAAGGGCGAGCUCUUCCACGGCCGGGAGUUUUAG